GACUGUCUCAAUAGACUGGGAUUGGGUGGAGAGAGCGGGGUACUCAUUUUAAUGUUACGCUCUGUCCUGUUCCCACAGGUAUGUCCUAGGGAAGAAUGGCCCCAGGGAAUGAAUCUUCCGUGGCUGAGUUUAUCCUGCUGGGUUUAACACAGCAGCCAGGACUCCAGCUGCCUCUCUUUUUCAUUUUCUUAGCAGUUUAUGUGGUCACUGUGGUGGGGAACGUUGGCUUGAUUAUUCUUAUUGGUCUGAACCCUCCCCUGCACACUCCCAUGUACUACUUUCUCUUCAACCUUUCCUUCAUUGAUCUCUGCCACUCCUCUGUCAUUACCCCUAAAAUGCUGAUGAGUUUUGUAAGCCAGAACAUCAUCUCUUAUGCAGAGUGCAUGACUCAGCUCUGCUUCUUCUCCUUCUUUGUUAUUGAUGAGUGCUUUAUUUUGACAUCAAUGGCCUAUGACCGAUACGUGGCCAUCUGUAAGCCCCUGCUGUACAAGUUCUCCAUGUCCCAUGAGAUCUGCCUCAUGCUGACGUUGGGUGUAUAUGCGAUGGGGCUUGUGGGUGCUAUGGCCAAUACUGGGUGCAUGCUGCGACUCUCCUUCUGCGAUGGAAACAUCAUCAAUCACUACAUGUGUGACAUCCCUCCUCUCCUCCAGCUCUCCUGCACAAGCACCUCCAUCAAUGAGCUGGAGAUUUUCAUUGUGGUGGGUGUCAAUGUCAUAGUGCCCAGUGUCACCGUCUCUGUUUCUUACACCUUGAUCCUCUUGAACAUCCUUCGCAUCCGUUCUGCAGAGGGCAGGUCCAAAGCCUUCAGUACCUGCAGCUCCCACAUAAUUGUCGUUUCUCUUUUCUUUGGAUCAUCUGCAUUCAUGUAUCUCAAGCCUUUUCCUGCUCGGUCUCUGGAUGAAGAUAAAGUGUCCACAGUUUUUUACACCAUUGUGGGGCCAAUGGUGAAUCCUUUCAUCUACAGUUUGAGGAACAAAGAUGUCCAAAUUGCAUUGAGAAAGACCUUGAAGAAAAGAGUAGUCUGAACUAAAAUUUUGUUAGUUAUUGAUGCCACAUCUUAGUAUGGACAUACAAUAUAUAAAGACAUGGAGAACAUAGAAAUUAAAGUAGAAAUGUAAGUGAUUUAAAUCAGAGCAUAAAUUAAGUUCAUUAUAUAAAUCUCUUCAUAAGAAAAAACACUGUAUGGAAAAGGAGGAUCAACCCUUCAUCCUUUCAUAGAAAAUAGGGGAAGUAGUCAUUGUGUUAUUGUGCAGCUUAUUUUCAGAGACUAUAUGGUUUUAAAUUGAGAAAGUUGAAUGAUGAUGUACCAAGGAAUGGUAAGAUUGUCAGAUUUUUCAUGGUGAGU